GCCGAUUACUGGUUCGUUACGCAAGCAACAGGUUCUGGUGUGAUUUCUGAUUGGACUCCGGUUGGAUUCCAGCUAUUUCCAAGUGUUCUUGCUUCGCUAGGUUAUAAAAUUAAUUAAAUUCCAAGAUGUCCGCCCGACUGCUGCAGGCCACGCGACGCUGGAGCGCCCAGCGCACAUACAGCUCCAAGAUUGCCGAAGUGGUGGUGGUUUCUGCCGCCCGCACUCCAAUUGGCAGCUUCCAGAGCAAAUUGGCCCCCCUGACGGCCACCCAAUUGGGAGCCCGAGCCAUCGAGGCGGCCAUCGAAAAGGCAGGAAUUGCAAAGACCGAUGUCCAGGAGGUGAUUAUGGGCAAUGUGGUUUCAGCCGGCCUGGGCCAAGCUCCGGCCAGGCAGGCCGCCAUCUUCGCCGGACUGCCCACCAAUGUGUGCUGCACCACGGUGAACAAGGUCUGCUCCUCGGGCAUGAAGUCCGUGAUGCUGGGCGCCCAAUCCCUGAUGCUCGGUUAUGCGGAUGUGGUCGUCGCCGGCGGCAUGGAGUCCAUGUCCAAUGUACCCUUCUACCUGAAGCGCGGCUCCACUCCCUACGGCGGCGUUAACCUCACCGACGGCAUCGUUUUCGAUGGCCUCUGGGAUGUCUACAACAAGUUCCACAUGGGCAACUGUGCCGAGAACACGGCCAAGAAACUGGAGAUCACUCGUCAGCAGCAGGACGACUUUGCCAUUGAGUCCUACAAGAGAUCCGCGGCUGCCUGGGCCGAUAACGUUUUCCAGGAUGAGAUUGCCCCCGUGAAGAUCCAGCAGAAGCGGAAGCCGGAGGUAGUCGUUUCCGAGGAUGAGGAGUACAAGCGGGUGAACUUCGACAAGUUCGGACAGCUGGCUACGGUUUUCCAGCGAGAAAAUGGCACUGUGACCGCUGGCAAUGCCUCCACUUUGAAUGAUGGCGGUGCUGCCGUCGUCCUGAUGACCGCCGAGGCGGCCCAGAAGGCGGGAUUGAAGCCUCUGGCCCGGAUUGUGGCCUUCCAGGACGCCGAGACCGAUCCCAUUGACUUCCCCAUCGCCCCGGCUCUGGCCAUUCCAAAAUUGCUAAAGAGGGCCGGCGUUCGCAAGGAGGACGUGGCCAUGUGGGAGGUGAACGAGGCCUUCUCCCUGGUGGUGCUGGCCAAUAUCAAGAAACUGGAUGUGGAUCCCGCCAAGGUGAAUGUCCAUGGCGGAGCCGUGUCCAUUGGCCAUCCGAUUGGCAUGUCCGGCGCUCGUCUGGUGGCCCAUCUCUCGCACAGCCUGAAGAAGGGCGAGCUGGGCUGCGCCUCCAUUUGCAAUGGCGGCGGAGGAGCCUCCUCCAUUCUCCUCGAGAAGCUGUAAGGUCACCUGGCGACCCGACUACUCUCAACCAGAAAUGCAUUUACUAUGGACCCAUGGCGGUGAUCGUGGAAAGCUAUAUGUUUUUUUUUUAAAUUGUUAAGUGUCUUCUUUGUGCCCUAGCCGCAUUUAUCGAAAUCUUGUGAUUUGCAUAAUAAAAUUAUGAAACAGUGAAUAAUUAAA